AUGGCUUCCAAGAACAUCAUUGUUAAUUUGAACAAGGAAAAAAAACUUGAUGGCAACAACUAUAACAUCUGGCGCCGAAAGAUCGUUUUUCUCUUGCAUGAUGAUGGGCUGCAGGAAAUAACUGAGCAUGUGAUGCCUCGGCCUGAGGAGGGUUCGACGGCCCAACACCGUCGCAACCUCGAGGCUUGCCAGGAAUGGAUUAAGAAUGAUCGCAAUGCUCGUCAUAUGAUCCUGAGCUCAAUGCACAAUAAUCUCAUUGGUGAGUUUGAGAACCACCGGUUUGCUCAUGACAUGCUAGAGGCAGUCAGGCAGAAAUUUGGAGAUACCUCUGUGGCUAAGUUGCGCGCUUUAACUAUGAAGUUUGACACUCGUCAAAAGAAGCCGAAUGUUACAAUGAAGAAACAUUUGAGGACAAUGUCGUUAAUGAUACGUGAACUUGAGGCUGCAGGUCAUCACUUGACAGACGAACAACAGGUACAAGCUGUUAUUCGUUCGUUACCUAACUCUUGGGAUCAUAUGAAGCAAAACAUGACACAUAAUGACAAUGUCCUCACUUUUGAGGAUAUUUCUCGUCGUGUGGAACUAGAAGUCGAGCGCUUGGAAGCUGCUAAGACUGACAGUUCUUUUUUCGCUGUUGAAUCUGUUUCGCAUAAGACCAAUGGGUCUAAGCGCAAGAGGUGUAAAGGUUUUUCUGCUAAGAAUCCUCGUGAUGGAUCUGGGCCAACCACUACCGACGCUCCUAAGCGCAAAAAAUGA